AUGCUGAAAAGCCAAGAAUUUAUUAGUUUCUUUGCUAAGCUAGGCAGCUCUCUUCAAGUUCCUGACCAUCUUUCGGAGAGCUUACAAAGGUUCGUUUGUGCAUUAUACGGUAACAAGGUGAUGUCUUCGGUGAACAAACUUCGACAUAAGAUGUUUGUCCAAAAAUUUACGAAAGAGAAGAAAGUCGUUGAUCUUAGCCUUUUGCCACCUUGUGCAACCAACCUCAAGUUUCACAUAAUGCGUGCAAAUUAUGUUGCAUUCAUUUUCAGGAAUGCUAAAAACUUGAUCCUCGAUCUUGAUGACCAAACAUGUCAUGGCUGGAAAGAAGAUGGAAAAGUUAUCUGGGACAGUGUUGCUUACCCCGAUGACGUUAGCGAAAUGUUAAUUGACAGAAAAGAAAAAAGUGACGAGUUUGAUUUCGAGCGAAAUAGUUAUAUUGGAGAUGACAUCGACGAUGAUAUGGAGGAUGAUGAGCAUUAACAUGUUUACAGGUUUUUAAAGCGAUUAAAUAAAGUGUAGUUUAAAUAUGUAUAGUAACUAAAAUCGGAAAACGUGGUUUCAAAGCGUAAAAACGCGGCUAUAAAUCUCGGAAACGAGGCAGAUGGCCCAGUUUAUCGUCCGAAUGCAAUCAAUUUUCGAAUUCUGCACCUAAAAAUAUCUAAAAGUGCGUAUAUUAAACAAAUUAUUCAUUAAGUUCUUUGAAUUAAAUUAUUCAAUAAAAGUUCAAUUAAAUUAUUCAUUAUUCAUUAUAUUAUAAUAAUAUUAUUAUUAUAAUAAUAAUUGUUUAUUAUUAAUAAUAAUAAAUUAUUCAUAAUAAAAGUUCAAUUAAAUUAUUCAUUGUUUUCGCUUCAAUCGAGCGGAUAACGUUUUCGCAUCAAAACGAGGCUUUAAACGCGAAAACGAGGCUGAAGGCCACGUCCACGGCCUGUAUACCAACGAUUUUCGAAUUCAGCACCCCAAAAUUGACCAAGUUCACUUGGUUUCAUAAAUUUCCCCGUCGGGGACUAUUCCCCCCUUCUCCGCCUGGUCUAACAAGAGAAGCAAGUUCCACGUUGUGUUGAUACAGACCGAGAGCAAGAAUCGAGGUACGUGGCCUCUAGGAAUCAUAGAAGAAACCUAUCCUGGAAAGGAUAACGUGAUACGGGGAGUACGUCUGAAGACUUCAAACGGAACCUUGGAAAGAGCCGUGCAGCUGCUUUUUCCGUUAGAACUGAGCUGUGAUGUCGUACCGGAAGUGCCAAUCCUGAACCCAGAUGCGGUAGAAUUCGAGCCACGACCUCGGCGAGACGCGGCGACUGCAGCAAAACUCCGUAUUGAACAGAUCGAAGCAGCGGAUGAUGAGUAG